AUGACCAAGUUCGAGAUGGAUAUGAGUGAAUCUUCGAUGGCUCCAGCAGUUUCGCUGGAGCAUGCAGAUUUUCCCCAUCUCACUACGGUAGAAUGGCAGGCAUUACACCGCCUCGCGGCGGUGUCUGGUGAAAUCUUCGUGACGUCGCUGCUGAGCACAGCGACGCCCGAACAACACCGUGCCGCCAUUCAAGACUACAUGGUGCGCGAACUCGCCGAAGCGAACCGGCGAAUUGAUAUCGCCAUAGCGUCAAGGUUGAUUGACGCUCCGACGGCCAAGGUUAAUUUCCUACUGUCUCGGCUUGUUGGUAAAGCCAAAGAAUGGGCUCUUGGGAAGCUCGUUGUAAACGAGUUGGCAUUCCCCACGCUGGACGAUAUCCAGCGCGACUUACGACUGGCGUUCGAGCCCCCUCAAGAUGAGUCACGCUUGCGCGCAGAUUUCUUUUCACUUCGACAGGGCAAGCUGUCGAUGCGUGAUUACGUACAGAAGACGCGACAUCUUUCUUCGUGUAUCAUCACGAAGCCGGUCGACAUGGCGUCUCAAGUUCAUGUCUUUGUCUUUGGUAUGCAAGAGGGCAUGACCCGCUAUUGCCUCACACGUGCUGAACCUAAGACUCUUGAGGAGGCAUUUGCCCUCGCGCUUCGUGAAGAUUACACGGUCGCAUCGUCAUAUUUGCAGGCAGCGUCGCAACGCCCGCGUACGUCUGGCCCAGAGCCUAUGGAAAUUGACGUUAUCGAUGCAUCUCGUGGUCGCGGCAAGCAAUUUGGCCGCGACAUUCGAAGUCAAAACACGAUGAAGUGUUAUCGGUGCGGCAAGAUUGGCCAUCGUGCGGCCGUCUGCCGAGCACCAGCGCCGGUGUCCAUGAACACAGCUGUCUCACGUGGAGAUACUGUGUCGUCAGUGGUCCCGCCAAAAAAACGAGCGGUUCCAGUAGGCGCGGGGCGCUCUACUGGCAUGAGGGAGCCCCGAGUAUUUAAGUGGCAGCUCGGACUCCCAGACCCCAAGUGA